UUAUGUCUCUUUGCCCCCUCCCUGCUCAUAAACCGCAGCUGCCCGCGCUGUUCCUGCCUCGCCGGAUCAGUCGAUUCCCGCGGGCCCGGAGCGUCAGGACGCACGCGCGUGAUGGCCGGAGGUUAAUGACACAACGCGCCGUCUUCUGGAUUACGAGUUUAAAAAAACGUGCGUGAGGCUGCGGGGACCUACUGUUCAUUCACGCGGUGGCACAGAAACGUUAUAUAAGGCGAAUAACGGGCCGGCAUGCGGUCGUAGCGGCGCGGUGGUCCACCGGACUGGAUGCUGGAGGGCGGACGGACACGCGCGUCACAGCUCACGCCGGAGGCUCCCGUGGAAAGUCUUCAUUCAAAUACGCGGCCAGCAGGCAGCCGGUCAAGUCACUGCUGCCUGCUGAGGCUAGGCGGCUAACCGGGGCGCGCUGUUGACGCAGAGGAGCGCGCGCACAGCGGGAUGAUCAGACGGACUCGAACCCAGAAAUCCUCUGAAAUACUUGGCCUUUGGUGGAUAUGAUUCAUGGUCAGACUCGGCCUCACAGCCGCUGCGCUUUAGCUAACCUGCUGGUCUGUUUCUACUGAGACGCACAGGCCCAUGUCUUAAUUAGGAAACAGAAUUAGGCUAAAGAGUCAUCUGGUUAAGGAGGCUUCUACGCGCCUACCUACGUUGACCGCGCGCGUUCGCUCGUCAGUCCGUUCCUCUGCCGGAGUGAACGCGCUUCUGGACCGCACUGCGAUGGAGGCAGACGCCGGGGGCGCCGCGCCGGUGGAGCCCAUGCCGGGAUAUCUGGAACUCCUCACCAAAGGCUUUGCCGCCAUGCUGGGCGCGUGGAGAGACUGUGCCGACUGCGGGCUCCGGUUCUCCAAGCAGACUCUGCUGGAUAACGCGCACAUCACCUGGACCGAGAUCGGCCUCUUUGUCUUUUGCGCCUUUUUGUGGACGAUGGUCCGGUGGGGGCUGACUGAAUGUCUGUUCAAGCCUCUCGCUCAGCGCUGCAGGCUGCUUCCCAAAGAUGCUGCCAAGAUGCCGGAGAGCUCGUGGAAGCUGGUCUUCUACACCAUGUCCUGGUCCUACAGCUCCUACCUGCUCUUCUUCACCUCCUACCCUUUUUUCCACGACCCGCCCUCUGUUUUCUACAACUGGAAGAGCGGAAUGACGGUGCCCACGGACAUCGCCAUCGCCUACCUGAUCCAGGGCAGCUUCUACGGUCACUCCAUCUACGCCACAGUCAACAUGGACGAGUGGAGGAAGGACUCUGCCGUCAUGGUCGUGCACCACAUCAUCACGCUGGCUCUCAUCAGCUUCUCCUACGCGUUCAGGUACCACAACGUUGGCAUUCUGGUGUUAUUCCUGCACGACAUCAACGACAUCCAGCUGGAGUUCACCAAGGUCAACAUCUACCUGAAGUCCAGAGGAGGCGGCUACCACCUGCUCAACGACGUCCUGUCCAACCUGGGCUCGGUCAGCUUCAGUGUCUCCUGGUUCUGGUUCCGUCUCUACUGGUUUCCUCUCAAAGUGCUGUACGCCACCUGCGUGUCCAGCAUCCAGUCCGUCCCCAACAUCCCCUUCUACUUCUUCUUCAACGCUCUUCUCUUCGCCCUGCUGCUCAUGAACAUCUACUGGUUCUUGUUCAUCGUGGUGUUUGUAGUAAAAGUGUUAAAGGUGAAAGAGUUGAAUGACGUCAGAGAGUACGAGGAUGAGGAUGGUAGCAAGUCAGCAGAGGAGCUGCUCGGCGACUCCAAGGCUGAUGAGGAUGCUGGACAUCCCAAAUCUGCUCAGGGGAAACACGUGCAGAACGGCGUCGCCAAGGAGAAGCAUCUAUAGUCCAGCCUGCUGUCCCCAAGCUGGAGACCCCCCCUCUGUGGACAGCUCCCACUGACAGGCGGCUGCAGGAAACCGAGUCAGGAGAAGGUUCAGGGUGCAAUGAGUGUUUCUGUUCUUUUAUUUUGACGUUUAAUUUACCGGCUGUGAUUUUCUGUUUUUAGAGCACUGUGAAUGUUUUUUCAGCUGACUUUUUGUCUCACUGUUGUUAACUUAACAUUUGAUGUAAACACAAGAAACAAACUGGUUUGAGUGACAGCAGGUCUGGGGCUGUCAGGGCGUCGUGUCUGAUGAACCAGGAAAUGGUUGGAUGCGUGGAGAUCAAUCUGAGAAAUCUGGUGAACAAACAACAACUUAACCUCAUGACCCGUGGACACAAUAGUCAACCCGUUUAAUUGGCAUUAAAAGCAGACGGGCUUCCUUUCCACGCCUGUAAACCAGAGGAAAACAUUUUGGAACAUGGAAGCACCCGUGUGAGAUCUGGGAACCCGGUUGUUGCCCCUACCCGCUCCUGCAGGAGCCCUGAACUGCCCCCCGGCCACAGAUUGCCCCCAACGUCCUGGCUCUGAUCUAAAAACUGCUAAUUCUCUAUUUUCUGUCACAUUUUUUAUGCUACUUUUGGGGCUGAACGCUGGCGUAGAGGUCAGCGCUCUCACCCCACAGCGAGAAGGUUCAAAUCCUGGUGGGGUCCUGUCUGUGCUGGUUUUGUCCCGGCACUCCGGCCUCCUCCAACGGUCCAAACCAGGCUUUUCAGGUCAAUGAGUGUGCCCCUUGGUGUGCACGUGAGUGUGUGACCCUACAACAGGGACCUGUUCAGGGUGAACCCCACCUAUGCCCAAGAGCAGUGGGUUAGGCUCCAGCAACCCCAAAAGACGAUGUUCAUCUGAUUGUUGACAUUCCCUCUGAAAUAAGUGCAGUCUGUGUCCGGUGGGCCUUUUGAGGCAGAGCUCCUGUCCUCAUCAAUGCUCCCUGAUUCCCAGAUGUCAUCCAGAACCGUGUUGGGAGGCGUUAACCGUGUUUCUGACGGCGGAGGACGCCGACGGUCUUCUGUCUCUGAACACAGAAUUUAAUCAGUCAGGCGAUAAAAAACAAAUAGUCGUUUCUUUUUAAAUUAAGAUGCAAAAUUAGACAUUGAACAGUUGUCUUACUCAUUUUUUUGUUGUUUCAUUAUAAAGUCAAAAAUAUUUUUUUUUUUUUUUUAGCUUUUAGAAAAGCGUAAAAAUCCACCAGUUAAAAGGUCCACAGGUCUUAAAGCAAGAAAACUAUUUUAUGUCUAGGAUCAAAAACUUCAUAACCUUAGGUUGUUCUUUGCAUUCCUGAAAGGUAAAACGUCCUGCUAUAUUUGAUUAUUUUGUUGUUAUUUUGUGGUGUCUGGUGCAAAGCAUCUGUUGCUGCACUGCACAUGAAGGCAUGCAAGCUCAUUGCUGAUUUAAUGACGGCAAACGGCAAGAAUUGAUUGACCGGGCAUCAGUAUUAUCCUUAUAUUUUAAUAUAUUGAAAGAGGAGAGAUUUGCAUCGUUAUUGUUGCUAGGUAACGGGAGGUGGGGACAGAAAAGUGGACUAACACUGACGUGAAGAUAAAAAUCAUAAAAACAUGUAGGUUAUGCGCACAUGGUAUCCAGGAAUGCAUGAAUUUGGAAUGAUUUUGGAAAUCAGAAAAUCUCUUUUCUUCAUGUCUAAAACUGACUUUUGAUGCUGUUGAACAGAAAAACCGCAAAAAUACUUGACUCACAUGCAGGAACAAAAAGGGGCUUCUUUUGUUUUAGUGAUCUAAGUUUUCUGCAUUAGAGGGAAAAAGCUGCUGCUCCGGAGUGAGAUAAAGGGAUUUUCUAUUCUUAGCACCUUCUCGAUCAAAUUCAAGCUCUUGUUCUGAUGAACAGCAUGUUUGUGCUGCCUGAGCAGGCCACAGAUGUUGGCCCUUCCAGGACACCGUCCAUUUGUUCUGUCUGUCUUCCAGCAACCAUGUCAACUACCUUUUACCACCUGUGUUACUAGUGUCGUUUUUGAAUUGCUGAUAGUUCUGGUUUUCUGUGAGAGGAUAGUUUGUAUUUCAAAGGUUUUUCUGCCGACACAGAGUCAGUGAUAAUCUGUUCAGGUUUCUGUUCAUGCUGGUUUUCUCGUAGUCCCUGUAACACAGGAAACAAUCCACUCAAUCUGUUCUUUUUCUGUGCAACGACGACAACAAAUCUAUCAAAGUUGGCCGAAAUCUUUCUCAUGGGUAAGGAGUUUUAGUUUCCUUUCCUCUAAAGUCUGCAGAUUUAUUCGCCUGUUGCUGCAAAACUAUUGUGUUUUGGUUAAAAAAAAACUGCAAAUAUUCACUAGAAAAUAUGAUUACCACUAUAGACCCUCAAACAGUUUUUACAUUUUUCACCUCAGGGUACAAACAGCUCCUGUGAAAAGUAGGUUUACCUCCGUAAUCUGCUUAAAUCUGUUCUAAAAUCCGUCAUCUCUUUGUAGUUUUAUCCCUUAUUUAAAUGAAAUGCUUCAUUUCCUGACUGGCAUGCAUCUAUUCAGUCCGUUCAUGGCUGGUGACUGUCCUAAUGAUGGCUUUUCUAGUAUAACUUUAUCUGCGUUUUAAGUGUGAAUUGGUUUCCCUGUUGAAGUCAACGUGAAAAACGCGAAGGGACAAUCAGUUUACAGGUUUGGACAUUCCUUAUGCUGAUUUUUGGAUGAAUUAUGGGAAAAGUCAUCAGCUUUAGAUGAUUGUGAAUAAAUCAGGUUUGGUUUUGACACUGAAAAGAGAGAAAAAGGAGCGACUGAUGAUAAAAGUUUGACUGAACAAAAAGCAGUUUCAUACCAGCACCUUAUGAAGACAAAUGCUGCGUUUCAGUUUCUCCUCACCGAGUUUACCGGAUCAAAUCGGAUAAAAUAUAGUUUGGCUUUUGUAUUUAUGCUAAUGGAGACCUCACUGCAGGGCAGCUGCUGCCGCAGACGGGCAGCUGCUGCCGCAGACGGGCUGCAGAGCAUUAUUUCCCCACCCCCCCCAUGUUUAGAUCGGUGUUAUUUUGAGCGCGCAUGAAUUUAUCUCUGUGCUUAGAGCGUCUCCAUUCAUGCUUCACUUGUGCCAAAGUGUGUUGCAAGGGUUUGUGGGAAUUGGAGCACUGGCAGAGGUAGACAGACAGGCAGAAAAGGCCCCCCCCAUCUUGGAUGCUGCACUAUAAUUUAUUUGUAAUAUUUGUAAAUUGUUUGAAAAAGAGGAUUUUAAUGAUAAUAGAAGGAUCAUGAACACUUUAGAAAACAGAUUUUUUCUGGACCAUAACUGUAAACUGCACAAAUUAUCCAGUUUUUCAAAUGAAAAGACUUCUGAAAUGUGCAACUCCUAAACAUAGCAGGCCUGUAUUUACACUUCUGUAAUACAGUUUAAUGCCCUUCAUCCAUGUUCUGUUUUUGCCCCGUGAAUAAAAAACUUCGGUCACAGAAACGUUUCUCAUGGUGGUUUUUUAUUGUUGGUUGUUUGUUUUAAAUGACAGACAAAAUUAAUUUCAUUGCAGAGUCACAGAAGAGGCGAGGCAGGCUCCAGAGGACACAAACUCCUCCAAUAAAUAAGGAUUUAGGUGUACCAUAAAAAAAGUACUGUCACCACGGCCGACGUGGUCCAGGGGUCACGCAUGUCCUAGAAAAGGUCAAGGCGACGCCGUUUCACGACCGUUUUUAAAUUCUCACUGCAAAAAGAACUUAAGACAGGCAGGAAAGGAGGCUUUGCACACCAACCUGGACACUCGGAUAAGAAAAAGGAUCUUCUGGAGCCUGAAUCAGAGGAUCAGACCAGUGUAGCAGGAAAAAG